AUGAUAGAACCUUACGAGAUAAUAGAAGAUAAUUUUGAUAAUUAUCUUGGUGAUUUUAACUAUGAAAUUGCAGAAAAUUUGGGAACCUCAACAAAAACUUUUUCAUCAACAACUAUUAGACCAACCAAUAUUCAAACAA